GGUCAUUUGUGGAGACAAGGGAGAGUUCCUUAGUCAGGAUUUCCUUCUAUAUGUAGCAUUGCUGGUACUCCUAUUGUAAAAGAUGAUAAAUCACAACUCAAUGGAAUCAAUUGAGAUCAUUGUCGAAAUUGAUCCUGAAAAUGCUGAAGAACUCAAAAAGACUAAAACAGGCAUUGAAACCAAGAUCACAAAAAUCCAGAAGCUUAUUAAGAACGAAAACCAAAGCAAAAAAGAUGCGAGUCCUAGACGUUCUAGAAAAGAUACAGAACUUAUGGGAUUAACGGAGGACUUAUACAAGCAGUACCAGUCACUUAAUGCACAAUAUGAUAAUCUCAUUGGGAAAGUGGUUUCUAACCAAAGAAAAGAUUUAAUGUUUUCAUCUGACUCAGACUCGGAGUACUUUUCCUCAAAGGAAGAACAAAAAGUAGCGGACACUGUUAAGCAGGAAUCUGAUACAGGUGAUAAUAGAGAGGUGACAGAUCUUAGCCAAAAUAUUGGCAAUACCAAUCAAGUUCUUAAGACUGAAGCAUCAGUUGAGGCAACCGAAAUUGAAAGAAAAUUAACUUCACUAAUGGAAGAGAUGAGGAGCUUGAGCAACGAUAAAACGAAUCUAGAACUUCAAAUUGAAAGCCAAGCAAAUGAAGUUAAACAACUAAGCAUACAAAAUACUGAGCUACAGAAUCAUGUCAUGGAACUUGAGUCGUUGUUGAAAGAGAAACAAGGUGUGGUAUCUGAUCUGGAGAUGAAACUCAACAACAGCGAGGAACAAGCAAAAUCCAACAUUGUAAUAUUGAUGGCACAAGUCAACGAACUUGUACUUGAGACCGAAUCUCUGAGGACCCAAAAAGAUGAGAUGGAAGAAAAAAUAAAAUGUGAUCAAAAUGAAGCGUCUAUGCAAAGAGAUGACUUGAUGGAGAAGCUUAACGUUAUGCAACAAAAGUUAGAUUCUAUAGAGAAUCAUAACAAAGAAUUAGAAGCUCAGUUGGAAAGAAAAGCAGAAGAAAUAUCCCAGUUCCUAAUUCAGAUGGAAAAUUUAAAGGAGAAUUUAGCCGAAAUGAAAUCAACCGAACAUACUAUGAUGGAAGAGAAAGAGGGUUUUCUUGCGCGGUUAAAGGAAAUGGAAUUCAAAUUGGAAACACAAAGCAACCAGAAAAGUGAGUUGCAAGAGGAGUUAGCUGAAAUGAGAUCUACUGAACAAACUAUGAUGGAAGAGAAAGAAGGUUUUCUUGCGAGGUUAAAGAACAUGGAACUCGAAUUGGAAACUCAAAUCAAUCAGAGAAAUGAGUUGGAAGAGCAGUUAAGAGAUACAAAUUAUGAGAUUAAACAACUGAUGAAUGAAAAUAAGGCCCUGCAGGAUAGAAACCAUGAACUGAAAGCAGCAAUGAUACAAAGAGGUGAAGAGAUAUCAAAUUUUUUAAAGGAAAACGAUAGCGAUGAAAAUGGAGCUUCAAUUGAGAUUAUGGCUUUAAAAGCUGAAGUUAAUGACAUGAGGCUAGCGUUGGACAAUUUGCAGGAACAUAAAACCAAGUUGGAACUCCAGAAUGAGCGAAACCAGAAGGAAUAUGCAGAAAGCUUAGCAAAGAUAGAAACUUUGAACACAAAGUUGACAGGCCAGAUAGCUGAUCAAGAGAAAACUAUAAAGGAUCAGACAUCAACCAUUGACCGAAUAAAUGCGGAGCAAAAACAAACCAUAAUCACCUCGAAUAAACUUAUGUUGAAUCAGCGAUCGACAGAAAGGAAAAUGGAAGAAUUGGCAGAAAAGUUGAGGAAGAAAAUGGAAGACAAUAUCCGCUUGUUGCACCAGAGGAUCCACGUAGCAGAACAAUUGAACAAUGAGAACAAAAGCAGUUGCAAAUUAACAAAGAUAAGGUACGAGGAAGAGAACAAGAUUCUUGGGGAGAAAGUUUCUAUUUAUGAAGAGGAACUAAGAAGGCUUAAAGAGGGUGCUGCUAAUGUUACUGCAAAUGCAAGUGAGGAAACACACUCACCAGUGGUUGAUCUAAAGGGUUUUGAAUUUGAUGCUGCUCUAAAUGGAUUAGAUGUAGUGGCUGCGAAAGUCGAGGAACACAGAGAGUGUGUCAUGAGCAAUGUGUCUAAAAUGCUUUGUGAGGUUCAGUUUGCGAAGGAUUGGAUAAAGAAAAUGAACGUCGAAAUGAAACAAUUGAAGGAAAAUGUGGAUUGUCUUACAACGCUACUGAGCGAAAAAGAAGAGCAGGAAUUGUUGUUAAGAGACAAAGUAUGGAAUUUAGAAGCCACAGUGAGCAAAGAAGGAGGAGAGAAAUUGAACUUGACAAAUGCAGUGAGCCAGCUUGAAAAGAAAGUGGGGAAAAUGGAAAAGAAUCUGAAAGAAAAGGAUGAGGAUUUGGAUAGCCUUGGGGAGAAGAAGAGGGAAGCAAUAAGACAGCUUUGUUUGGUUGUUGAGUUUCAUCGCGACCGGUGUAACUAUCUAAUGAAUUUGGUCACAAGUAUGAGAGUUAAUAAGAAGACAUGAACUUUCUUUUUUCUGCUUAUUAUUGUACAUGGAGA